GGAAAGUGUUUCCAGCUGACCCGGAAGUUGUUGACUGUAUCCAAAACGCGUUCCAUUGAAUAUAUUCUUUGGAAAUGGCAAACAGGACAGUCAAAGAUGCCAACAGCAUACAUGGAACAAAUCCCCAGUAUCUCGUGGAAAAGAUUAUACGCACCCGUAUCUAUGAGUCUAAGUACUGGAAAGAAGAAUGCUUUGGACUUACCGCCGAGCUUGUUGUUGACAAGGCCAUGGAGCUGAAGUAUAUUGGUGGGGUGUAUGGUGGUAACAUCAAACCUGCCCCAUUCCUGUGCUUGACCCUCAAGAUGUUACAGAUCCAACCGGAGAAAGAUAUCAUCGUUGAGUUUAUUAAAAACGAAGAUUUCAAGUAUGUUCGUCUGCUUGGUGCAUUGUACAUGCGCUUGACUGGCACCUCAGUGGAUUGCUACAAAUACUUGGAACCACUAUACAAUGACUACAGGAAAGUCAAAAUGCAGAACAGAAAUGGAGAGUUUGAACUGAUGCAUGUGGAUGAAUUUAUUGAUGAGCUAUUGCAUGCUGAGAGAGUCUGUGAUGUCAUCCUCCCUCGGCUUCAGAAAAGACAGGUCCUGGAAGAAGCAGAACUGCUCGAUGCACGAAUAUCUGCCCUGGAAGAAGAUCUAGAUGAAGUGGAGAGCAGUGAAGAGGAGGAUGAGGAUGAAGAAAAGCCUGAGAGAGUGGUGACUCCUGAACCCCACAGACGGGGUUAUCGUGACAAUGAUCGGCCGCGCCGCUCGCCAUCUCCUCGCUACAGACGCAGCCGCUCACCAAGAAGGAGGAGCAGAUCUCCGAAACGCCGGAGCCCUUCACCGAGGCGUGAUCGCGACCGUGAGCGUGAACGCCACCGCAGCAAAAGCCCGCGGCGACAUCGCAGCCGCUCCAGAGAAAGACGUCACCGCUCCAAAUCUCCAGGUCAUCACAGGAGUCACAGGCAUCGCAGUCAUUCAAAAUCUCCAGAAAGCAGAUCCAAGAGGAGUCACAAGAAGAGUAGAAGAGAUUGAUGUCUGUUUACUUUUACUUAUGUUUUUAAUUUCCACCAAUUCAAAUUCCAUCUCCUUUUUUCUGUUUCGUUUUUUUUCAAAAAAGCUUAAUAGCCUUUUCAAAGCUUAAUAGCCUGUAUUUGUACAGUUUUUACUUGGAUAUAGACUUUUUGUUGUCCACCCAAAAUCUUUUUAAUACAGUGUAUCAGAUGUAAACAUGGUAUUAAGGUGAGCCACCAAUUUGUGUGUGACCUUGAAAAUGUACUUUUUUCUUUUUGAGAGGAUUUUUCUGUAAUGGGUAAAUGUUUUCUAAAAUGUGAAUGCACCAACAUAUUGAGGUUAAUGUUGUGGACCCAUGCAUAUUUCUAAAUGGAUGUGAGAAAUAUGAUUUAUACCUGCAAAAAUACAGCAUAUUGAGUUGAGGGGUAGCUCAGACAAUAAACCCAUUUAACAGUGCAA